UUUAGCUAGUUGCUGCACUGCAGAUCCUCAUCAAGUUAGGAGCUCACAGCUCGCCUGAUGUCUCUGUGAACAUCGUGGAGAUUGAAACAGGAUCUCAACUUUUCUUGUCUGCUCUUUUGCCCCUCUGGAAAUUGAAUGUGCACCAUGGAGUCAACUGUUCAGUUGUGUUCAAAGGGCAGUUGCCUUGUGCCUAGGUGUUAGUGCUCACAAUGUCAGACCGAUUUCAGAGUCCCUUACAACGAUCAUCUGCGCUAAAAGGUGUGGCCACAGACAUUAGCCAACUGAUGGAGAAUCUUGAUACCAAUGAGCUACGUCUGGAAGGAGAUGAUGUGGACUUUGAUCCUGGCAAUGAUUCGAGAGAACCAAUUGGCUCUCAGAUUCCAUUCUCAGCCAUUUACAAGACCAAAUCCUUCAAGGAGCCUGAGAUUCAGGUGUACCUGACUGGAGAACCAAUCAAAGUUCAUGUUUUGGAGGUGGAACGAUUCACAUCUACAUCAAAGGUUCCAAGUCCUAACAUUUACACCGUUCAAUUGAAACAUGGAGAGUUCACCUGGAAGGUCAAGAGGAAAUUCAAGCAUUUUCAAGAUCUUCACAGAGAGCUUCUCCGAUACAAAGCCUUCCUCCGCCUGCCAAUCCCGACACGCAGUUACACAGUGAGGAGACAGACAGUGAAGAGAGGGGAGCCCCGGAAUAUGCCUACUCUGCCUCGCAGUUCAGACCUCAUCGUUAGAGAGGAACAGAUCUCGAGCCGCCGGAAGCAACUGGAAGAUUACUUGACCAAGCUGCUGAAGAUGCCUAUGUACAGGAAUUACCAUGCGACGAUGGAAUUUAUUGGUGUCAGUCAGCUCUCAUUCAUUCAUCAUCUGGGACCUAAGGGCCUGGAAGGUUUUGUAAUGAAACGUUCAGGGGGCCACAGGAUUCCAGGCCUUAAUUGUUGUGGGAGAAGUCAAAUCUGUUAUCGUUGGUCCAAGAGGUGGCUGGUAGUGAAAGAUUCCUUCCUCUUGUACAUGAAGCCAGACUCAGGAGCAAUUGCCUUUGUUCUGCUCGUGGACAAAGAGUUCAGCAUCAAAUUGGGAGCCAAGGACACUGAGACUAAGUAUGGUAUCAGAAUCGACAAUCUAUCCAGGACUUUGAUCAUCAAAUGCAACAAUUACCGUCACGCUCGCUGGUGGGGUCAAGAGCUUGAGGAAUUAAUACAUAAACAUGCCAAAAUUUUCCUUGAGGACCAGCGUUUCAAAUCUUUCGGACCUGUGCAUGAAAAUACGCUGUGCAAAUGGUAUGUAAAUGCUAAGGGAUACUUUGAAGAUUUGGCAGAUGCUUUGGAAGAUGCAAAGGAGGAAAUAUUCAUCACAGAUUGGUGGCUGAGUCCAGAAAUCUUUCUCAAGAGGCCGGUGGUGGAAGGGAAUUAUUGGAGGCUGGACUACGUACUCAAACGCAAAGCUCAACAAGGAGUGAAGAUUUUUGUGAUUCUCUACAAAGAGGUGGAGCUUGCACUAGGCAUCAACAGUGAAUAUAGCAAGCGGACACUAAUGCGCCUUCAUCCCAACAUUAAGGUGAUGAGACACCCAGACCAUGUCUCCUCCACUGUGUACCUGUGGGCACACCAUGAGAAGAUCGUUGUCAUUGACCAGUCGGUUGCGUUCGUUGGUGGCAUUGACUUGGCAUACGGGAGGUGGGACGAUGAUAAGCAUCGGCUGACCGAUGUGGGCAGUGUCUCACGGAAUGUCUGCUCUCAAUCCAUUGCAUCCAACAACCAAACGGCACUCAGUACUGUCACUGGGACCGAGGAAGACCAGACACCCAAAGCGAAGGUGACACUUGAAAAGAGUACAGAGGGAGAGGAUGAGGUGGACUCAUCCAGGAUGAAGGGUAUCGGCAAGUCUAGAAAACCCUUCCCCAUGCUGAACCUGGUCAGACAACUGCAACGACAGAACUUGGAGCACUGCGACAGUGUGAGUAGCAUCGAUAGCACAGAGCAUGGUUGGUUUAACUCUUCCAACAGCCAGUGGAACUUAAUCAGGGAUAGGUUGCCCAACUUGAAGAGAUUGUAUCACCAUGCCAGCAGUCCCAGCCCCUCUCGACCAGAGAACGACAGGAAUUCAGAAAGUGGUCCACACGCAAAUAUCGAUGAAUUGGUCGGACAGACGAGGUUCUGGCAUGGGAAGGACUAUUGCAACUUUGUCUACAAAGACUGGGUCCAGCUGGACAAACCAUUUGACGAUUUCAUUGACCGUUACAACACUCCCAGAAUGCCUUGGCAUGACAUUGCUUCAGUGGUGCAUGGGAAGGCCGCUCGCAGUGUGGCACGGCAUUUCAUCCAACGUUGGAACUUCACAAAGAUUGUUAAAGCAAAGUAUCGGCCUCUGUCCUACCCAUAUCUUGUGCCAAAAUCAAUGUCAACAGCAAAUGAGUUGAGGUACCAAGUGCCUGGAUCAGUCCAUGCUCGAGUGCAGGUGCUGCGAUCAGCUGCUGAUUGGUCGUGUGGGAUCAAGUAUCAUGAAGAAUCGAUUCACAACGCAUACAUACAUGUUAUUGAAAACAGUAAACACUACAUCUACAUUGAGAACCAGUUCUUCAUCAGUUGUGCUGACAACAAGUACAUCUUCAAUAAAAUUGGUGAUGCCAUUGUACAACGAAUCCUGAGGGCUUACAGGGCGAAGCAGAGGUUUCGUGUCUAUGUAGUGACGCCCCUGAUGCCAGGUUUCGAAGGAGACAUCUCGACAGGGGGAGGGACUGCAAUCCAGGCUGUCAUGCACUUCAACUACAGGACCAUCAGCAGAGGAGAAAACUCAAUUAUUGAACAACUGAAGAAAGAAAUGGAUGAUCUGUGGAUCAAUUAUUUCUCCGUAUGUGGUCUCCGGACCCACGUGGAAUUGAACGGACGGUUGGUCACUGAACUCAUCUAUGUCCACAGCAAAAUGCUGAUUGCAGAUGACAACACAGUCAUUAUCGGUUCAGCAAACAUCAAUGAUCGAAGUAUGCUGGGAAAGAGAGACAGUGAGGUCGCGGUGAUUGUGGAGGAUACAGAGUUUGUGCCGUCGGUGAUGGACGGGGCAGAGUACCAGGCUGGGAAAUAUGCUCUGCACCUCCGACUACACUGCUUCAAGCUUAUUCUGGGGGGUCUAAAUGAUCCAACCAUCGAAGUGCAAGACCCCAUCAGUGAGAAGUUCUUCAAAGAAGUCUGGAUUCCAACCAGUGCACGGAAUGCUACAAUAUAUGAAAAGGUCUUCCGGUGUCUCCCAUCAGAUCUCGUGAGGAACAACAUUGAGCUGGCAGAGUUCAGUGCCAAAGCGGGCCUGCACGAAGAAGAUCCAGAAAAAGCGGUGGAAGAACUGAAGAAAAUCCGGGGAUUCUUGGUGCAAUUCCCAUUCUGCUUCUUGUCUGAGGAGAACCUCCUUCCAGCAUUGAGUACGAAAGAGCGGAUGGUCCCAAUGGAGGUGUGGACAUGAGGGAACAAGAGACAAUGACAGAGAGAGUGCGGGAGGUUCCUUGUCCACAAAGAGAAGGGACGCAGCAACCUGGUUGUCUUCCUAUUAUGUCCAAUAGUGGUGAAGGUAUCUAUUGGAGACCAAUAUUAUGGUGAAGAAUUGAGGAGUUAGAUCAAUGGUUUCAUCACUCAGGAUAAUUUAACCUUGGCAGUGGUGCUAAAAGACAAAUAGGAUCCAUCCAUUCAAAGUUCAACCCAGGGACAAUGAAGUAGAACUUAUGAAUUUUUUAAAUCCUUGUUAUCACACAAAGCAGACACUAAAUAUGGAGGAAUUCAAACUUUUGAACAUCUGUCUCUAUCGGACUUGAUUGAAGAUUGUUUUAACCUUUCUCUUGAUGUGAAUUGUUAUUUCCUCGUGGUGCACAUGUGGGUCAAUGCUGGGGAGUGGAACUUAAUGAUGUCUCCAACACUCUCUGACACUUGCCUAGUUCAACUAAAGAAUGGUCAGUCUUAGCUUAGAGCUCCAGUAACUCUGCCUCAGAAUUGCUCCACAGUCUGGACCUCCCUGCCAGGUCUCCAUUUUCCCAACUGAUCCCACCUACGGCCUUUUUCUUUUUGGUCGCCUUGGGGGCCUUGGGAAUAUCUCCAGCGGGUCAGUGUAAGGUCAGAAACCCUUCCUAUCAGGGGAAAUAGUUCACUUUCUCACUUCCGCAUCAUCCGAGCCCCGACCUACUGAACUCUACACAAUCAGGUCCAAGUUAGGGCAGUUUUGUCACACAGUAUUUACACACAAGACUCAGCUUUAUCUGCUCCCUGCUGGAGCACCACACGCACCUGCUCUCACAUUUCUUCACCAUAUCCCUCUAUCCCUUUCUCCCUCAAUUGUUUAUCCUGUUUCCCCUUAAAUCAAUUUGUACUCUUCACCUCCCUCUGGUAAUGAACUCUACAUUCUCAGCUGUUUCCAAAACAAAAUGGCCACCUCUCUCACCAGGGAGCGAUAUCAUACUGUUUUCUGUUAUUGUCAUGUUUGACCAACAGAAAAAUAAUUUCCAGUUCCGAAGAGACCUAUUUGAGUUCAAAUGUAAAUCCAAUCUUCCCUCCACAGAGGCUGAGUUUCUCCAAGACUUAAUGUUUAAAUUUCAAAUCUCCAGCAUCCACUAUGUGCAGAUCUUAUUUUAUUAAUGUAUAAUAUAAUAGAUAAUGUUUUGCUUUCAUUGAUAGUUAACUGUUGGUCAUCAUGCAACUAUGAAUUCUCCAUGCCAGCGCCUCUAUCAAUCAGAGUCCAUUUGCCAACUUUGUUGUCUCAUACAGUAGGAAUGUGUUCUUCCCAUUUUCUUUAAUAUUUCUUAUGAAUUGCCUUGUUGAGUGCAAGGUGAGAACUUCAACAGAAUUUGUCUUUUAUCAAUAAUAUUUUAAUUUUGUGGGAAAUAAUUAAUUUGGUCAGAAAAAGGAUUCAUCUCUGGGUUGCGUGUCUGCUCUUACCCAGCAGGUGACAAUACAGUCCUCUCUGGUUUUUCUUUCUCUUAUUAUUCUUAAAAUGCUGCCUGUCACACGGUGAUGUUUCUCAGUCUAGUGGCUUGCAGUGGAAAUAAAUGCCAAUGUAAAAAUGUUCCUAGCUCCAUGUUCGAAGCAGAGUAAAGCACCCAUCUUUACCCACCCCAGUCAGGUACAGCAUGGGUUAGCCACAGAGUGAAUGGUACAAUCCAGGUUGGCCAUUACUUAGGGAGUGCUGUAUGGUCAGUGGUGCUGGCUUUCAGAUGAGACAUUAAAUUCAAGGCCUAUCAGAUGAGCCUUUAGAGGUUCCAUGGCAAUAAACGGAAGACUCAUUGAAAACACAAGAGUGUGCUGUUUAGCUCACUGCUGUUGGCAGUGCCUUAUUGUUCCUGGGUCAAGUAUAGAGUAGGAUGCAGAGCAAAUCGCACAACAUUCCAAAGCAUUUUUCACCCUUGUGUUCCUUCAUAGAAUCCCUACAGGGCAGAAAUAGGCCAUUUAGCCCAUCAAAUCAACCCUGAACCUUAAAGAGCAUCCCACCCAAUCCCUGUAUUUGUCAUGACUAAUGCAUCCCUGUGCACUACAGGAUAAGUUAGCAUGGUAUAUCCACCAAACCAGCACAGCAUUGGACUGUGGGAGGAAACCAGAGCACCUGAGGGAAACCCACACAGACAAAUGCGGGAAAUAUGCAAACUCCACCCAGACAGUCUCCCAAGGGUGGAAUUGAACCUAUGUCCCCACUGUUGUGAGGUAGCAGUGCUAACCACUGAGCUACCACACCUUCAUUCCAUGUUAGAUGAAGAAAAAUGAUACUGUUGUGGUGUAGUAGAUUUAUACCUCUCUGAACUUAUAACUGACCCAGAGACAGACUUUCAUCAUCAACUGCCUGGAUCAUGUUUGAACCCACGUGCCAAUUAGUCUGAAGUUAUUUCCCUUUUAGGUGCCCUUAAUCUGGUAAAACAUCACAAGCAGCCUCUCAGGAUUGAUCAUUAGUGAAUGUUAACACUCAUGAAGGGUGGCACGGUGGCUCAAUGGUUAGCACUGCUGCCUCACUGCACCAGGGCUCGGGUUUGAUUUCAAUCUCAAGUGACUGUGUGGAGUUUACAUAUUCUCCCUGUGUGUGCGUGGGUUUCCCCCCAGAUAGUCCAGUUUCCUCCCACAAUCCAAAGAUGGGCAGGUUAAGUGAGUUGGCCAUGCUAAAUUAUCCAUAGUGUCCAGGGAUUUGUAGAUUAGCUACAUUAGCCAAGGGUUAAAUGCAGGGGAAUGGAUCUGGGUGGGUUACUCUUUGGAAGGUCAGUGUGGAUUUGUUAGGCCAAAUGGCCUGUUUCCACAAUGUAGAGAUUCUAUUCUAUUUUAUUCAACCACAUGAGACAUUACAACAGGGGACCAGAAACAUGAUCCAUGAGAGACUCUGAAAGGAGGGCAGCCAGAGAGUAAUAGUGAGGGAAUUCUAGAGCAGCAGGAUCAGGGAGCUGAAGGCACAGGAACCUGUGAAGGAGCAGUUCAGAAUGAGAAUCUCAAGAGGCUGGAAUUGGAGGAGUGCUGAGAUCUCAGAGGGCUGGGGGGAGACAACUGAGAUGUAGAGGGCCAGGCCAUGGAGGGACUUGAAAAUCAGGAAGGGCAUUUAAAAUGAGGUGUUACCAGUUGGGAACCCAGUGUGGGUCAACCCCUGUGCACAGGGGUUUGCUGAUGAUAUCGACAGGACUCACUGCGAGUUACAGGUUUCAGCUGUGUUUAUGUCUGCUUAAAGGUGGGAGAGUGGUGAGGGAGCACUGGGGAUAUUCCAGUCCUGAAGCGACAAAGUGACAAGGAUGAGGGUUUCAGUCAAGGCAAGUGUGGUAAUGGCAGUUCUGCUGAUGCAGGGGAAUUGGAUUUCAGGGUCAAAACCACACCAAGGUUGGUUGAAGCAAUGCAGAAGCUAAGUCUCUUCGGAAGGAUUGGAUGGAGUACUGUCAUCCAGUGCUGUGGUUUUACCAACAAUAACUGCAUAUGUUUAACAUUUUACAUGUAGCAAAAUGUUUGAAACAGCUGUGCUACCAAAGAAAAUGAGGCACUGAGCUACAUGAGGAAAUAGUGGCAAAGCUCAGAUGGGUGUUCAGGAGAAUUCUAAAGAAAGAUGCAGGCGUGGAGAGGCUUAGGAAGGAAAUCACUAAACCCUGCGGUCUCAGCAACUGAAGACACGCCCAUCAGUAACUGGGGACGUAUAAGAGGCUAGAAUUGACUUUGCUCAGUCCCGCCCCUACCUUCCACACAUUACAAAAUAAUUUGCUGAGCACGGUUGAUCUCACUGUUGGUGAGCAGCUUGUUAAUUCAUCCUGUGCACAAACUUUCAAUAUUACUGGAUCUGCCAGUGGCUUUCUGAACUGAGCUGGGAUAUAAACGCCAGCGAAACAAAGUAAAACUCUCAGACUAGAAAGAUUUCAAGGUUGGUCCUUUGCUUGGUCAGCCCUCACACUCCAGAACUAGAGGUUCUGUUUAAAAAUAGGGGACCUCCUGUUUCAGACAGAGACAUGGAGAGUGUUGUGACUCUUUGAAAUGUUCUUCCUGUCAAGGUGGGGGGAAACAGAACCUUUGGCUAUUUUAAAGCAAAGACAGAUACAUUCUCGAUAAGCAAGAGGGGUGAAAAGUUAUCAGAGGUAUGUGGGAAUGUAAAGUAGAGGUCACAAUUAGAUCAGCUAUUAUCUUAUUUAAAUGGCAGAAAAGACUUGAGAAGUCAAAUGGUCCCUUAUAUAUAUGUAUGCACAAAUGUGCUUCCAAAAUCAUUGAUGUUUUAUUAAGUGCUUUUCCAUUUUGACAAUGUAAACCAAACCAUUAGCUGCUUUGUGUAAUUUUUGUAAUGAGACGAUCGUAGUGAGAUAAUACUUAAGACAUUGGAUGAUAUCGGUGGCUAUUUCUUGCCAGUACUGGUGCCCGUGUGUGGGUAUGGAUAGUGUAACUGAAAAAGUGAACCCACUGUGACUAUGGCAAAGGUCUUGUUUUCCAGUCAAUAAAGGACUCUAACGGCCAGACGCUUAGGUCAGAUGUGCACCCUGCAUAAGUCGGUGUCCCAUACAGGCUGUAAACUUUAACCUUGUAAAUACUACACUGAGAUUCUGUACCACAGUGAAGGCUGUUUCCUGAUACCCAACCAUCAGAGAUAUACACCCCAGAAACAAGAGUCAUGUAACUAUCAUUAAUCCAUUAAAACAAACUGGUUAUUCAUAAUUUGUUUUCUAAAAUAAAUGAUCUAUCAUUAUUA